AUGUCGACCGUCACAGUGACUGCAAUGCAGAGCUCCAAGCCCCCCAUAAUCCCCAAAUCCUUCGACGCCAAUCAACCACAAACAAUCCGCCUCUACCCUCUAUCUAAUUACACAUUCGGCACAAAAGAGAAUCAACCAGAAGAAGAUCCCUCCGUGUUGGCGCGUCUGAAAAGACUUGAAGAACAUUACGAGAAACAUGGGAUGAGGCGGACAUGUGAAGGGGUGCUGGUUUGUCAUGAGCAUAAUCAUCCACAUGUGUUGAUGUUGCAGAUUGCGAAUGCGUUUUUUAAAUUACCCGGCGAUUACCUCCAUCACGACGAUGACGAAAUAACCGGCUUCAAGACCAGAUUGAACGAACGCCUGGCCCCUGUUGGGUCCCAAUUCACGGGCGAAGGCGUCAAUGAAGAUUGGGAAGUAGGCGAUACAUUGGCGCAAUGGUGGCGUCCCAAUUUUGAGACGUUUAUGUACCCUUUCCUACCGGGACAUGUUACGCGUCCGAAAGAGUGUAAGAAGUUGUAUCUUAUUCAACUUCCGAAGAAAAAAGUAUUGAGCGUCCCCAAAAACAUGAAACUCCUCGCCGUGCCCCUCUUUGAGUUGUACGACAACACGGCUAGAUACGGCCCUCAAUUAUCCGCUAUUCCGCAUCUGUUGUCGCGUUACAAUUUUGAGUUUGUGGAUGAGAAUGAUAAUGUGGUUGCGGUGACACCGGGGACGCCUCAUCCGGGUAUUGAUGAGUUCAAGACGAAGGUUUUGGCUGGUUCUGCAGGGGAAGGUGAGGAUACGGGUAUGGAGGAUGCGUCGGAAAUGAAGCAAGAGAAUGAUCAGAUUUCGUAAUUUGGAACGGGGCAUUAUUGGGAUGCACGAGAUUCAGCUUUGGUGGGGCAUAAGGCUAUGCCUUCUGGCUGUCGAUGGAAAGGAAGCGGCCUGUUAUAUUGCCGUUAAAAGGUUCAAAUUUGCGGCCGGCGUUAGGAGUGAGUCUACUUGAUAUACAGGAAAGCAAUUACUUAUGUCCAAUACAGUAGGGAAGCAGAAUUCUAUUUACAUCC